AUGUUAAAAAAGUUUGGACCAGGCACUGAUUAUUAUUCUGAAACGACAGAAUUAGACUUGAAACGAACAUAUAUUAAAAAUGAACGACAGUCAUUACUCGAUUCUUCUAUCAUUCAAUUACCAAAAGCAAUGCAACAAAAUCAGGAAACAUUGUUUAUGUCAUCGGUUGAAAAAGCUCGAAUACGAAAUGAAACUUUAUUAAAAUCCAUUCAAAAAUUAAAUAACGAAAUCGAUAAACAUUUAAAACAACCUGAUAGUACAAAAUUUACGACCUUAAAAAGUAAUUAUUGGGACAUGGUUAGUAAAUUAUUGCCAGUAUGGGAACGCGAAUUAGCUGAAUAUGAAGAACGUAAACGACAUGAACAUAAUGAUAAUAGGCAAGAUGUAUAA